AUGCUGGCUGCUAGACGAUCAAAGACGCGCGACCGGGUAAUCAUACUUGCAGCUAUUGUGGUGGUUUUGAACCAUCACGCAGAACAGCUUACCAUCUUAUUCUUUGUGUCUUUUGUGCCUUUUGUGCUUGGGUUUUCUAGUUCGUAUCCCAACCUUGGUAUGCCAGAUUUUAGUAAUAUAAACUCUCAAACUGAUCUUAACUCAUCUCCGAUUCAACCAAUUAUAGAGUCAGAUUUAAACCUUAACGAGGCCAGAUUUUCGGCGCCCUCUAAUCCUCUGAAUCCCUAUUUAUCUUAUGAGCAGGAUGUAAGUGUUUCCUCAUCCCAAAGAGAGAACUCGGUAAUCUAUUCAGGUCCGAAAGUUGAGAGCGGUAACAACGAAGUGGUCCCACAUUUUUACCUUUCACAACUGACUAGAUUUGCAACACCAAGGUUGAAGGAAGGGGCCUGGUUCUCUCUAAAUCAGGUUUGUAACCUUAGAAAAGAGAAGAAAAUUCAACAUACUUAUUUUGACAUUGGGAUCAAUAGAUUUUACGCUAGCUAUGCUUCCGAAAAAUCUUCCCUGCUGGUAGACACGAUUAUAGGUGAUUUGCAGCCUCUAGUAAGGUUCACUAACACUUCUCUUCGGAGUAAUAAGAAUGACUUAGCGGGAGAUGCUAUAGGCACUCAAAAGAUUCUAGACACACUACUGGUCUAUCUGGAAAAUCACAGAUUGCAUGGGAAAAAGACCACACAUACACUAAGUAAUGCUCCUAUGAAAGUUGUGCAGGAUUAUGUAAAGUACUCAAUUUGGCGAAUAUUGUCCGCAACAGCUUAG